AGAAGAAGAAGCCUAACCACACCUCCUCUUUCCUCAUAUGCAUACAGGGCGCUUGUUCGGCGCGUGCUGCGAUGUCCACCAAUCAGCUGGCCCUAAGCAGCAAACCACGCCUGCGCGGCAUCUCGUGUGGCGCGAUUCAUUGGCAUUGUGUUGUGGAGCAGUUGAGAAGUUUAGAGCAUACUUACGUUUAACUUUAGGGGUUUUGGGGGGGAUUUAUUUAUAUACAUCGUCGCGCCACGGCGGUUGUAGAUGAGCUUGAAAGCUACGCCUGGACCGAACAAGGUGAGUUCACUGAAAUUUGGACCAGGAUACGGGAUAGUUGCUGUUGGGCUCCCCGUGUGGGCUUUAAAGUUGUGCUAACAGUAGCUUACUAGCAACAAUAACUACUCUGCUUCAAAGUGUGUCCAAUAUGGAAGCUGUUUGUCAAACACGACGUGCAUUGGUUGAAAUACAUCCACCUCAGCCCAAAAUUGAAGCUGGAAUGAGGAGGUCUUACCUUGAUAUUCUAAGUUCCCGAUUGCCCCCAUCGCCACCUCAGAAGGGGAGCAACGUAUCUUCUAGUUCGCAACCUGCACAAUCAUUGAAUUUUUCCAUUGAUGGCGAUUGGACUAGGAACCCCGAGCAGUGUGAGAAGAUGAAUGAAGGCCAAGCCCAGAUGUCCAUACAGCAGCUUGUCCAGCUCAUUAGAUCCCUCAUCUUGGUUGAGCAGAGCCAAGAACCCAGGAUUUUGACGUCAGGCUUGAAGUACCUUCAGGAUGAUUUACAACUAAAAAAGGCCAAUGUGUACAGAUCUAUUCCCUACUCGCGCUUUGGAUCCAACAGGGAUGCUCACUGCUAUAGAAAGGCAUACCCCCAUCUCGUGGUGUUCAAAGUUACAUGCCAGGAGUGGGGCCAAGUUUUGCUGCAAAACAAAGAAUGGAACGCUGUUUUAGAACAUACCCUCUUGGCGUGGCGUUAUACCAGCGAGCUGCCACAGUGGGACACGGUGAGCCACAACGCCCUGCGGGAGCAGUGUUACCGCAUCCUGGCAGCACAGUGUCUCACUGCAUUACAGCGUCACUGCCCGACCAACAGGAGAGGAUACGAACUGCUAAGAAGGAUGAAGAUGGCUCAGCUGCACAGUCAAUCAAUUGUACCCUGCAUUCAUGAGCUGCAAAGGAUUAUGGAACGUGACGGCACCUCUGUGGGCUCUAAGUGACAUGAAACAAUUCCACACUUGCUGGUUUGUUUAAGCAAAAAUUUGCUUUUUUGGUGUGGGUGUGAGUGAGUCAAGACUAUGCUGACCUUUUUUGGUUUUGCUUUUUUAGCGUACACUUAAUAAGGUAAUGCGAAUCUAUUCAUGAAUGGAAUAUUUUGUAUAUGUGUAUAUUUGGCAUUGAUCAUGUAGUGAAGUACAGUAGUAUGUGUCAACACCCUGUUUGUCUUCUCGAAGUUGGUCUAUGUCCUUGACUUUGUCUUCUUCUGACUGUCUAUUGUAUCACUGAUUGCACUGGUGCUUCUCAUCCUGAAAACUUGAAAAAUAGACAAUUUAAAUGAAUAAAGUUAUUUUGU